AUGGCCAUGAGGAAGAGGAAACGAGCAUGCUACAUAGAACAUGCCUCUUUUCCUGAUGAGAUGCCUAGAGAGGAAGAGAAGAAAAAUCUUCAUGCACCAGUGGCUGCUGCUUCUGCUUCAGAUGCCUGCUGGCUUCAUUGUGGUGAUGGAUUUCAGACUGCAUCUUCAUUGGAGGCUAAAGGAUCUUUAGGAAAGCCAGUUAGAGCUAAAAAGACCUUUGCAUCAUUGCUUAACUCAGCUGAAGGAAUCUCUACAACUGAGAACCUUUGUGAAUUUACUGAGAUAGUAUGGAGUUCCAGUGGGAGUGAAUUCUCAGAUGAUGAAAAUAACAUUGCAGCUUCAGAUUAUCCUUGUAUGAAAAUGAAGAAAUAUAGGAAGUAUGGCUUGAUCUCCAAGGAAGCAUGUAAUAAAGAAGAACCUCAAUUCAUUGAGUGGGAGAAUGAUAGUGAUUAUGAAGAUGAUGAACAGUGUAGUGGAUCAGAAGGUAAUGAUGUUCCUUUGGAUAUAUUGGACACUGAUUCUUGCACAAACAGCACUUUCAAACCUGAUAGAGAGAAAGAAGAUGAGCCCUCAAAGAUAACUAUGCUUAAAUGCAAUUUAAAUAUGUUUUCUUACUCAGUACCUAAACUGUAA